GAAGGAGAAAAUAACUUUAUAACAAAAAUGUAUCCGGGUGGUUUAAAUAUAAAUCCUUGGCCAAUGUUUAACAAUCCUGAGUGGUUUAAGAGUUUAAGAGAUAUCAAAAAGAUGUUAGAUAAACAAGAUGCAAAAUAUGCGAAUGCGCGAACAUUUUUGCAAAAUACAAAAGUAUUUAUGGCUAAAUUAAAGAAUUUGGUACAAAUACGUGUAUAUACAUUGAAAAGAUUGCUUGAUAUUGCAAUAUGUCUUGGUAUCGAGGAAAAAACUAAUACAGUAGAACAUCUGACGAAUCGUGAUACUGGUGAAAUAAUUCCUGAUCAAGUUAUAAAUCUAACUGAAAUUUGUGAUGAUAUUAAAGAUGAAUGUGAUUUGAUUUUAGAUUCAGAUCUUCGUCUUUUAGAUGAAAACACCGAUUUCGUACCAUUAUCAGCUGAUUUAAGAAUUUACUUUGAAGACAAAGUACAAAAUCGCAGAGAUUGUUCUAAUGAUGCCGUAUGGUUUGAAAAAUUAUCAAAAUUCUUUAAAUUUAUUAUUCAGCGGCGAAUUAAUCGAGUACAAGAAUGGUUUCAACAAAAUACCAGCAAGUUUUCACCUGAUAAUAGUGAUGUUAAAGAUGGUGCAUAUGCACUCGAUCAGUUAGUCAACCGAAUUUCACUGCUUUGGACAUUAUGUGGCCUUUCCUGCCAGGAGUGUAAUUUAAAAUGUCUGAAAAAUCGGCAUCAUGAAGAUGCGCAUGACUGUUUGACAGAUCAUAAUUGUUAUGCCACUUGCGAAUUCGUUGAUGCACAUUCGAAUGGGUUAUUUCCAAGAUGCAGUCACAAAGCAGGACAUGAUGGAAAACACGCAUGUAAUACGACAAAUCAUCUAUGUGGUAAACAAUGUAAAUUCAGUGACAAGCGUAAUUGUCAAAAGAAAUGUGCAAAAGAAAUAGGCCAUGAAGAUGAAGAACAUAUAUGUCAAUCAAAAUGUCAUAGUUGCGGUGCACCUUGUUCUCUGCAAGCCAAUACUAAAAAGGGUUUUUAUAAAUGCCCUAAUAAAUGCAUUAUUCCUUGUGAAGAUGAACAUGAACAACAUUGUUGUGAAAAUGACUCUGCAUGCCCAAUUCAAUGUCUAAUUCCAGAUUGCCAACGACGUUGUCAAAGUACAGACCACUUUCAUGCUUUGCAGCCACAACAGAUUCAUUUUUGCGGUAAUGAGCAUCAAUGCCAAGAAGAUUGUCAAGAACUAGGAGUUUGCAGAGUUAUAACUGAACCGAAAAAACAAGAAGAAGUUUAUCAGGGUUUAGUGCAAGGAACUUCUUUUACAUUUACCAAGUAUAUUCAAUUAAGUAAAAGGAUUAAAUGCUGCAAGAAAAUUCCACCUAAUGCCUCAUCACGAGGGAAAGCAUUCUCAUGA